GCCCGGUCCAAAGUAGUAAAAUGUGGGAGCGGAAGGAAGCUUCAAGAAACAAACACAAGUCAAAUCGUUAGAAAUUUCAAAUUCCCACCAAUCGAAAUAAAACUGAAGCGAGCCCUAGCUCCCUCCCUCCCUCCCUCCAAAUUUCAAAUUUUAACAAAUUUCGAAUGCUCAUCAACAUACGUGUGUUGAUCGUUGAUGUAUAUAUAAUAAAGCUUCCUCAUCAAGCUUUUAACACCCCCUCGCUCUUUCCCUCAAAUAUUUCGCCAUGUCUUCUUCUUCAAUCAAAUCACGAAUUACGAUCUGCACCUCCAUCGCCAAUUCCAGAGGCGCCGAUCCGAUGGGCCCCGCUCAGCAACGCCCCUCCGGCGAGAUUCAUGUCAUCGUGGGCCCCAUGUUUGCCGGCAAAACCACCGCUCUUCUUCGUCGCGUCAAAUCUGAAGGCGCCAAUGGCAGAAAAGUGGCGUUGAUAAAGUCGAGUAAAGAUAAUAGAUAUGCAGUAGAUUCGGUGGUGACACAUGAUGGGAUUAAGUACCCCUGUUUGGCUCUGCCUAAUCUUCAGGCUUUCACUCAACGCCUUGGAUCUGAUGCUUAUAACAAGCUGGAUGUGAUUGGUAUCGACGAAGCUCAGUUCUUUGACGACCUUUAUGAAUUUUGCUGCAAGGCAGCUGAUAAUGACGGCAAAACUAUUGUAAUUGCUGGCCUUGAUGGUGACUACUUGAGAAGGAGCUUUGGAUCAGUACUUGACAUUAUACCCAUUGCUGAUACAGUAACUAAGUUGACAGCUCGAUGUGAACUAUGUGGCAAAAAAGCAUUUUUUACAUUACGCAAAAAUGGCGAGACACAAACAGAGCUUAUAGCGGGAGCUGAUGUUUACAUGCCUGUUUGUCGUCAACAUUAUGUGAGUGGACAAGUUAUUGUUGAAGCUGCGAAAGCUCAGAGUGAUCAUACUCUGGACCCAGCUGCAGUUAAGUACUAAAAUAUGUUUGAUUAUAUGUGUAUCACCGUCAGUAAUAUUAUUGUGCUUAUCUUCGAUGGACCGUAUGUGUUCUGCUUUCGGUGUGGACAUUUCACCUUUCCAUUUUUGUGGCUUCCGCUAUAAUGUAUAGGAAACUAGUAUUAAUUGAUUUUCAAGUGUUGUGUUUGUUUCUUUUA